AUGGGCCGCACGAAUGUGCGCGUUGUGGUGCGAGCACGUCCCACUGCCAGCUUCGCAUCCGAGCACUUUCAGUUCCAUGAGGCCGCAGAUAGCAUCGACAUGCGUCUGCCCAAAGAUGAGUCAGCCGGUCUGGUCAACAACCAGCAAGAGAGCUGGCACUUUAAGCUCGACAAGGUGUUGGCCAAUGCUUCUCAGGAGCAGGUCUACGACCUCUGCUCUGGCGACGUGGUCCGAUCUGUAAUGGACGGCUACAACGGCACCGUAAUGGCUUAUGGCCAGACGGGUGCUGGCAAGACACACACGAUGACCGGCGGGCACAUGGGCUUCGCCGACCGUGGGAUCGUGCCAAGGGCCAUUUCCGCGAUUUAUGCGGAGGCAGCUGCGAGGCCUGAGAACAACAUCACCAUUAAGCUCUCCUAUGUUGAGAUCUACAACGAGCUAAUGUUCGACCUGCUGACUGACGUUGGCGUGGCGGAGCAGAGCGGCGAUCUUACCAUCGUCGAGGAUGCCCGUGGCAACAUCCAGGUGCGCGGGCUCUCGACCCCUGUCGGUGGGACAGAAGAAGAGGCCCUGCACAUUUUCUUCCAGGGCGACACGAAUCGUCACGUCGCGGAGCAUGCCCUGAACAAGGGGUCAACGCGCUCCCACGUCGUCUUUACGAUCUAUGUGGAGAGCAGGUCGCGCGUGGAGUCCAGCGAGAAGGUGAUCUUCUCCAAGCUGCACUUAGUGGACUUGGCAGGUAGCGAGCGAGUCAAGAAGACCGGCUCGGAUGGUGUGAUGCUGAAGGAGGCGACAUUUAUCAACAAGUCGCUGACGUUUUUGGAGCAGGUGGUCGUGGCUCUCGGCAACAAGCAUCGAGACCACAUCCCGUAUCGGCAAUCGAAGCUGACUCACAUGCUCAAGGACUCGCUAGGAGGAAACUGCAAGACAGUGAUGGUUGCCAACAUUUGGCCUGAGGCCAAGAUGCUUGAAGAGACCGCGAGCACACUGCGCUUUGCGACUCGGAUGAUGAAGGUUUCCAAUGAAGCCUCGGUCAACGUGCAUCUAGACCCGCAGCUUCUGAUAAGGAAAUACGAGCGCCAGAUCAAGGACCUCAAACAGGAGCUGGCGAUGCAUGACACCUUGGCCGGUAGAAGUCGGGUGCAGUACGAGGAGUACUCACCUGAUGAGCAGAAGGAGCUCGAAACCAAGGUGCAGAUGUAUCUGGAGGGGGAAGUGCAGGAAAUCGAAGUUUCCAGUCUACGCAUGGUCUACGAGUCCUUCACUUGCUUCCGAAAGUUGUAUCAAGAUCUCCGUACGGAGUUGCUGAACCGGCCUAUACAAGCUGCACCGACUGCUGGCGGCGAUGCAGAGGCUGCCGAUGGCGCUGGUGCUGCCGCGACCGGCGCAGAAGCUCACGAAGGAGAGGUGGGCGAGGACGUGGAGGGCAAAGGUAUUGCUGUUGGUGUGGCUCCCUCCGGUUCACGACCACCGCAGGAGGCCUCGGCGCCCGGUGCUGGAGGUGACGAGGAGGAGGAGGGAGACGGCGAGGGGCCUCGCAGCCCGGCGAAGCCAGGUGAGGGAGAGAAGGCGCCGGACAAGCAGGCCGUCUUCGCUGAGUGGAAAGCAAAGGACGGCCAGGUUGGACCCGCAUGGAAGCCUUUGGGCGAAGACUGA